AUGAACGGUUUGUUAUCACAGCUCUCAUCAUUCACAGCCACCAUACUCGGAAGAACCACUCGAUUCGUCUCAAACAAUUCUCUCAACGGAACUACUUCCAAUUUCUCGUUCCCAAUAAAAUCACUCCAUUCUUGUGUUAGGUCUGAAUUCGCGUUGACAGGCUCUCGCUGCUAUUCAACUAGAAAAUCACGCAAAAGUGAUUCUUCUCACCCUGAAACGACGAUGGAUCAUGAAAAGGAUGCUUUCUAUGUUGUGAGGAAAGGGGAUGUUGUUGGAAUUUAUAAUAGUCUCAGUGACUCUCAGGCUCAAGUUGGAUCUUCUGUAUGUGAUCCUCCUGUUAGUGUAUUUAAGGGAUAUUCGUUGUCGAACGAAACCGAGGAAUAUCUUCUCUCGCAUGGACUAAAGAAUGCUUUAUACACAAUUAGAGCCUCUGAUUUGAAAGAGGAUUUGUUUGGAUCACUUGCUCCAUGUCCUUUCCAGGAUCCUUCUUCUACCAAAGGAACCAUAUCAAAUGCAGAUACAUCUAAAGAGAGAGCUAUAGGAGUGCUCGGACAAGAUAAUGUGGAACAUUCUUCUACCAAAGGGACCACAUCAAGUGCCAAUACAUCUAAAAAGAGAGCUAUAGAUGUGCUAGGACAAGAUUAUGUGCAGAAAUCAAUUGGUUUGACAUCCAUCUCUGAAGACCCCUUCAGAAAGCAAGUCAAGUUAGAUCGUUCUGCCGUGGGCGAAGCAUCUUCACUUGCAAAUAAGACUUGUAUUGUUGAGUUCGACGGUGCGUCAAAAGGAAAUCCUGGAAGAGCUGGUGCUGGUGCUAUUCUGCGAUCUAAAGAUGGGAAUGUGAUUCAUAGGGUUCGUGAAGGCGUGGGUAUAGCAACAAACAAUUUUGCUGAAUAUCGUGCAGCGAUAUUGGGAAUGAAAUAUGCUCUUAAAAAAGGAUUCACCAAUAUCUGUAUACAAGGGGACUCUAAACUUGUGUGCUUGCAGAUUGAUGGCUCAUGGAAAGUCAAGAAUGAGAGCUUGUCUACAUUGUAUAAGGUGGCCAAAGAACUCAAGGAUAAAUUUGUGUCAUUUCAGAUCAGUCAUGUUCUAAGGGAAUUCAACUCCGAGGCCGAUGCUCAAGCAAAUUUAGCCGUCCAUCUUGCUGAUGGCCAAGUUCAGGAAGAGUAG